UAACGUUACGCACCGCGUGGUUCUGUUACUGUUAUACACGUGUGUGUGUGUAUGGUUUAGAACUUCGAGAUGGUUAAAAUUGAAAAUAUUUAUACGAGUUGUAGUUGUAAUCCUGCUCCUCAUUGCUUAGAUUGGGGUGACGAUGAUCUGAUCAUAUUUGGUACGUGCAACGCCAUUUCUUUGUAUGAUAAGGUAUGUGAAAGAGUGAUUUGCACAUUAAAUGAACAUUCUAAGCCUGUUACUAGCGUGCGAUGGAUCAGAUGUGGUACGUCGGGUUCAGAACCGAAAGAAUUUUUGUCGUCUUCUGUUGAUAGGAAAGUUUUAGUGUGGAGAAAGUCAGUUGAUAAAUUCGAAGUCAUUCACGCACUUACAGGACAUCAAAACACAGUUACCGUUGCCGAUGCUGUUUAUUGGAGUGAUACAAAUAAUACUAGACGACUGACAAUUGCAUCUGCUUCUAGUGAUUCAACUGUGAAAAUAUGGUGUGGAAAUGAGAAUGUUACCAUCAAUCAGACUAUUGAAAUCAAACAUGGUUUUGCUUUAGAUGUUAGAUUCUGUCUUCUUAAUGAAGUGCCCAUUUUGGCAAUUGGUGGUAAUGAUACAGUUGUACAUCUUUAUCUUCAAAAUGCAACUGGUAUGUAUAGUAAUAUAUUAUCACUCAAAGGACAUGAAGACUGGAUUCGAGGGUUGGAUUUUCUGACUACAGAAAAUGGCGAUGCUUUGUUAGCUUCUUGUUCACAAGAUUGUUUUAUUAGAAUAUGGAAAAUUACUCCAGUGAAUACUUGUAAAGAAACUGAUGACAAUUUAUUAAAACUUAAAGAAAAUACUUUUAUUUUGGAUUGGAAUGGAAAAAAAUUAAGAUAUAAUGUUAAUUUAGAAUCUGUUUCAGCUGGUCAUGAAGAUUGGAUAUAUAGCAUACAUUGGCUACCAUCAAAAACAAUUUCUGAUGCUAAAUUACUAUCAGCAUCUAUGGAUAAAACUAUGAUUCUUUGGGAAUUUGAUGAAAUAUCUGGAAUUUGGCUUGAAAAAAUUAGAGUUGGAGAAGUGGGUGGAAAUACUCUUGGUUUCUAUGGUGGAGUGUUCUCACCCAAUGGCUUAUCAAUUUUAGCUCAAGGUUAUCAAGGUGCUUUACAUUUAUGGAGUUUUCAUAAAGAAUCUGGAGUAUGGAAACCUGGUUUUACUAUUUCUGGUCAUUUCAAGGAAGUUGUAGAUAUAUCAUGGGAUCCAAAAGGUGACUAUCUUCUUAGUUGUAGUGCUGACCAAACAACAAGACUUCACGCACCACAAGAAUCUUCUGAAAAGGGAAUUUGGUGUGAAAUAAGUCGUCCACAAAUUCAUGGUUAUGAUAUAAACUGUCUAACGGUUAUAAAUAGAACUUUAUUUGUAUCAGGUGCAGAUGAAAAGGUAAUUAGAGUAUUUCAAGCUCCAAAAAACUUUGUUAAGAAUAUAAAAGAAAUAUGCCAAAUAGAUAUUUCUUUAGAUUUAAUUUCUGAAUAUGCUGAAGGUGCUAGUGUUCCACCUCUAGGUCUCUCUAAUAAAGCUGUUUUUGAAUCAGAUUUAAUAAAUGAUGUUAAAUCUGAAAGUAAACAUCCAAAAGAUCGAUAUCCUGAUCACUAUUACACGUCAAUUACAAUGCAACAACCACCAUCAGAAGAUAUACUUUUACAGAACACACUUUGGCCAGAAAUACAAAAAUUAUAUGGUCAUGGAUAUGAAAUACAUACUGUUGCUUGCAAUCGUGCAGGCACAAUUAUAGCUUCUGCAAGUAAAGCAAAUAAAGCAGAUCAUGCAAAAAUUAUUCUUUGGGAUGUGAAAACAUGGAAACAGAUCACUUCUUUGCAUUCUCAUAAUUUAACUGUGACACAAAUUGCAUUUUCUCCAGAUGAUAAUUACAUUCUUUCUGUAUCUAGAGAUCGUAGUUGGACUUUGUUUAAGAAAAUUUCUAACCAGAAUAUGUAUGAGAGAGUUGCUUAUACAAAUAAGAUAACUGGAAUACAUACUCGUAUUAUUUGGGCUUGUUCUUGGUCCCAUGAUGGUAAAUAUUUUGUCACAGCUUCCAGAGAUAAAUCCAUAGUAAUUUGGGAAUAUGAUGAAAAUAUAAAUGAAGUCACUGUCACUGGUAAAUGGCAACCAUGUUCUAUUCCAUUUAAAGCAGAUGAUUCUGUUACUGCAAUUGAUUUUGCCCCAUUUGUCACACCAUCUAAAGCCUAUCUUAUUGCAAUAGGUCUUGAAAAGGGUGAAAUAUUACUGUAUUUUUGGAAAAAAUCAACAAAGGAGUUAAGUGAUUGGCAUUUAUGUGCAAAAUUAGAUUGUGAUAUUGCUCAUCAUAAAACUGUCAGCAAAUUAAAAUUUUCUCCAAAAUUAGAAUCUGAAAAUACUUUUAAACUUGCAAGUUGUAGUCAUGAUCAUUCUGUCAAAAUUUUUAAUAUAAUUUUAAAAUCAAAUCAAUUUUAAAUAUGAAUGUAGCUAUAUCUAUUGUAUUUAAUUGAAUAUA